CCAUCCAAUGGGUGAUAUUUUGGUUAUUUACCACAAUUAAGGUACCAAUAAUGUAAUUAUAUGUUCUUUCUUUAUUCUUUCCAUUUCUCUCUCUUGCCUUUAUUCCCUUCCACCCACCCACCCACCAAUCAAUCUUCAUCUCUCCUUCUCUCUCCGUGGAAGAAGAACAGAAGAUAGCAGAAUGAAAAGUUUCUCAAAAGAAAAAAAGGAGGAAGAAGAAGAACCAGGAGGCGGAAGGGAGGAAUGAAAAACCCGCUCACCUGUGCUUUCCGUCUCUCAUCGAUCCAGCUCCGACGUUGUCUCUUUUCCUCUCACUAUUGCAAAUCUCUGAAAUCGGCGAUGCAGCGGCAAGCUUGCCAAAGAAGGUGGGUGUUCGACGGCUGGUCGUCUAGAUCGUGAGUUUUACUCUGUUCUCAGAUUAUCGACGGCGACCUCAUUUUUCUGCAUAUGCUUUCUCUCUCCGUUAAUUUCUCUGAGUUUCUUUGUUCUUUGUUCCCUAAGAGAAGGGAAGGUGUGGACGACGCCGGUGCGAUGUGAAGGUCGGUAAUGGAUGUGGUGAUAGUCUCAGUGAUGAGUGAGCUGUUUUUCUUUUUGAAUAUUUUAUGUAUUGGGUUUUUUUGUUUGGCUUGAAUCUUGGUUGCUUAUCUUUUAUUUAUGGGUUUUGGUAUCAAACGUGAUUCGUCCACCGACGCCGGCUGUUUCACAAACAUGGCCUGCCGCCGAUGGACAGUUAUCAACGGCGAGUAAGUUAUUUUUGUGUAUUUAUUUCCAUUUUUCAGUUUUGGUAAGUUUGGAUUUUUUAUUUUACGUUAUGGUAAUCUGAUCGGACCUUUUCUUUUUGGGUUUUUCGGUGAGGGCAAUAGGAAGGAUAAUGUAGGAGCUAUUGUCGGUGUAGAUUUCCGAAGGCGACAAAGGCAAGCAGGGCUAGCCGUUGCUCUCUAGGUAACCUUCUUCUUUUGGGGUUUUUAUUUUGUUUUGAUUCUGGAUGACGCCUUUCUUUGGAGUGGUACAGAUUCAGCAUGGCAGUGGGGUGGGGAUAAAGGGAAGGUUAGCAAAACAUGAGGAUUGAAGUCCACAUAUUAAUGAAAUAAGCAAUUUUAGAGAAAAGAGGGGCAUGAAUCAUGGGAAAUGUUUGAUAUAGUUAGGAAUCUUCCAAGUCAUCUGUUGAGUGGAGAAUUUACAUGGACUCGAGGGAGGGUUUGGUUUGAUUGAAAUCGUUGCUGCUACUCUUUUUCUGUUUAUUCAUGUUUAUUGCAAUAGUGGGUUUAGUUUUAACUGACCUUUUUACCAACCAUUUGGUUUAUAUCACUGUGUGCACUCGUAUUAGAGGAUUGCUGGGAAAACUUUUUGUUGCUGUGGAGCUGCGAGCUUACAAAAUAGUCAAACAAGACUAAGAUGCAAGUGGUUAUUCAGUGAAGGAAGUGAGGAUCUCACAAACCAGGUCAUCUUAGUCUUCUGAAUUUCAUGUUCUCAAUGGUUGUUAUGCUAAAAUUGUACUUGCUAGAAGAAGAGAAAAUUGUAAACUACCUUCCUCGAUUUGGUUGGGUUCAUUGGUAUUCUUUCCAUGAAGUUACUCAUAUGAGAACAAAAUCCAGUAACAAGGGUCGAUCUUAAUUGCUCGCAUGGAGAGUAGGGAAGACAUGUUCAUUGCAUGCAAAUGAUGAUUUCCAAGAAACCUGCAGGAAACAGCUUGGAAUUGGCAUGGGUUAUUAGGUUUCAAUCUACUUGAAAUUGCUUUAUUCAACCUAUACAUCGGUGUUUUCAAUCUACGGGCAUAUUUUGAGUUCAUGGUUUAAAACAUUUUUCAGUUUUUGAAUUUUGUUUUCAACCGUUUCUUGAUGGUGCUUGUGGGUUUCAGAUGGUGGCACCAAAAAUUGUAUACUGGGAUUUUCACUUUUGAUUUCAGUCUUCCAGUUUUUCAUGUUAUCUUUUGAUCACACACAGUCUAAUUGAUGUUCUUAAGGUUGGUACUUUCAUAGGUCAAGUCCCUUUUGGAAGUUCAGAUGCUCGAUUAAUGCCAUGAAACUCUCUAGCAUACUCAUUCCUUGCUUUGACCUCAUUUUAGUUGAUUUCGAGAUGGUUGAUAGUCUCUAUGAAUUUUAGGAACAUUAGAUGCCUGGAUGUGAGUUAUUGGAUCCACGGUGUUUGGGAGUUUGUUGAUUUCUGUACGAAAAGGGUGGACAUCCUUCCGUUCGAGGUAAUCUACUGGUUUGUUCAAUAUGAAAAGUCACUUGCCUCUUAGUCUGGUUUUUUAUUGACACUUGCUUCUCUAAACUAAAAAUAACCAACUCUUUCAAUUUUUAUAUGCUCUCACUUAAGAAUAUCUUGUUGGGAGUAAUGCUGCUAUAAUGUGGUGUCGUUGUUCAGCUUCUUUUGAUUAUUGGGAUGAGUAAAUACUGUGAAUGGUUCUCAUAAGUCCCUGGGAUGCGAGGAACUGGUUGGUGCUGAACUCUUUUCUGUUCACGAAUCCUUAAUUGCAUGUAUAAUAGUUCAAUUACAACUUGUGGUUUGGCUAUCUCAGGUUGUUUAGGAACGGUUGGCUUUGAUUAAUAACUAAAGUAUGCAGAGAUUUGAAAGGAUACCAUGUUGCUGGUUCUUAUAGAGUUAUAUUCUGCCUUUUUUUUUUUUUGCAGGGGAAUGGUGCAAGGGAGGUUGUCAGGGAAACAACGAAGGAUUAUUUCUGGUCAGGGCAAAGGUGGAGGUUAGACCUGUGAAUAGGAUUAUUUCUGGCCAGGGCAACGAAGGAUUAUUUCCACGCCUUAACACGAAAAUCACUGGUUUCGAAUGAUGGGAUCUACAAUUCGCUUAGAGGCUGAAUCGAGAGGUAGGUGAUGAUUUUCAUUUUCUGUUUUAAAAUUAUGCUCUCUGGCACGUGAGAGUUUGUUUAAUCCUUCCCGUAGGAAAUACAUCAUGUGCAGUAUUACAGAUUGCACUCAUUAGAUGACAUUGUUGAAUGAAUGCCUGCUGAAAUUUCAUUCUUAACCUUCAUUCUCCAAUUUUUGUGUGUUUGGGUUUGUUUACCAUCUCUUUUCUAUUGAAGGAUCCUUAUUUGUCUGUAUACUGAGUUUGAUUACAAUUGGUGGUUUAGCUAUCUCUGGUUGUUUAUACAGCAUUGGCCAAUCCACAACAGUUUGUAGAGAUAUUAGAGGAUACCGUGUGUUGGUUCUUAACUUCUUGUAUGAUUAUCUGAUUGAUUUGUUGGUUCCUUUCUCAAAAUGGUUUGUUCACUUUUUCCUGAAGCUUCAUUGGUGGUUUUGUAUCCUUUUUUAGAACAAAGGAUGUCCUGAUUUUCCAAACAGCCUUCUUUGGUUUUAGUGUGUUGAGUGGAAGUCAUCCAACCCUUUUUAUCUACAUGUAAAAAAACAGAUUGGUGUUUCAAAACCAAUUUCAUUCUGAUUAAAUUGGUUUUCAAGUGUGUUGGGCUGAGGAUCCCCUCCACAGUAGAAUUUUUUUUCUUCUUACCUCAGGUGGAAUAUCACUAUGAAUACUUGAGGUUCGUUCCUUCUUUUAACUUCUACUUUUAUUCCUUUUACAUUUUUUUUGUUUCCUAAUGUGGUCUCGGUUCUUUGUUUUUCCUUUUUUGCAGUGUUUUGCAGUACCAAUAGGGAAUGACCUGCAGAUGCAGUCGAGAGGACGAGAGCUAAAUAUUGUUGUUCUAAGAUGAGGAAGAGAAGGUAAUGUUAAAGCCUGGUCUCUAUUUUCCUAUAGCGGAUUCAAUUUAGUCCAUGUCUCCAUCUCCUUCCUGAUCAUUUCCCUGCUUUCUAUGCAUUCCUUCCUUAAACCUGGAGAUACAAAAUAUUGUCAUUGCUUGUGUCAGUAUUUUUGGAUCUCAAAUGUCAUCCUCAGUAGAACACCAAUUUAUACGAGCUUAUGGAGAGAGGUUUAUCAGUUAGUUCCCGCUAUUAACUUCAAUUAUUGUUCCUAGGAUUGAGUUAUGUUUCUCUCAAUGUACGUUUUUGCAAACUUAAGAUAAUGGUUGAAGCUAAUCACAAUGUCCAGUGACUCCCAUAAUGUGUUCAGUAUGCUCUGUGAACUUCUUCAUUUUGCUCAUAGCUUCUCAUUCUUACUCUACUUUCUUUGUGCAGUGGCUUCUCUUCUCUGUUAUUGAUUCAUGUCGCUUCAUGGUUAGCUUUCUUCUCAUGGAGAUCAGCUUUCGUGGUCCCUGCUUGCUUGCUUAUGCUUUAAUUUGUACGCUUUGUUAUCAUUUAUUUAACAACCUCCCAUUGCCUAUGUGGUAAGGGCAAGACCGCUGCAUCUUCUCUUGCUUCAUCAUAUUAAACCAGCUCGGUCUCAAACUUUUGUUCCUACAAACCCAGUUUUGAGACGUCUUAUGUGUUAUGUUUGGGGUCAGGGAUACAGUUGGAGCAGGGUGCCAGGUUCGUUAAUUGCAUUGUGGAAUCAUCAGCGGUAGAUUUCGACUACGAGCAAGUGAGCAGGUUAGGGUGUCUUCCAGGAAGUCUUUGCUCAAUUUGCCUUCCAACUUCCUUUCCAUGAUGCCUUUCUCAUCUGAAUCCUUAUAUUAGUAAAACUAAAAUAGAUAGAAUUGUGGCACCACUGUUGUCAUGGAUUUGCUAACUUGAACGCACCUUUCUUUACUUUCUCAAAUUUUUAAAUUGACCAGUUUAUAACUUUCUCUAUUGUGAUCUCAUGUAGACUUUGUGGUUGUCAUAUUCUUAUCAUAAUAGAAUAUGUUUAUGUUUUCAUGAUGUGAAAUGAUUUGAAUGAUCAAGCUACCAUAUGAAGAAAAAAAUCUACUAUAUCUGCUAGAUAAUAAGUUAAGUUUGAUCAAUGGUAAGUGGCUGAUUGCCUGCUAUAAAAUCCUGAAAAGUUGUGGACUUGGUAAAUGAUUCAUAUGUUCAAUUGUAUUCAAUUUAUUGUUUUCAUGUUCCUUAUGAUUUAUAGAGGUGGCCUGAAAAUGCUAUGUUUUCAAAAUGAUUCAUUUUCCUUUCCUUUACCUUGGACUCUGCUGGUGUGUCUUUUCGGAAUUUCAAUUAGAUAGGUGAUUCUUUCUAAUUCAUCAAUCUCACUCCCCUUUCGCAGCCUGCUCCAUGGGACUUGCAAGGCUCUUUUACAUACUAUAUUGUUGACCUUCAACGAUUUCAACUUACUCAUCAUUCUGUCAAGUAGAUAUGAUUUAACUUCAUGAUUUGUUAGCAACAGCAUGCUGCGAUACCUCAGAUGUAAUUUUGUACUGUCCUUUGUAUGUUGUAUUUUGUCUCCUUUUUGUUGGUGUUCGCUAGGUAUAGUAAGUUCCUUUGUGUUUGAUAUAGCCAUCCAUCUCUUGAACUGUAUGACAUGUUUUUCCAACUACCUGUUUGCUUUGUUGGAGGCAAACAAAAUGUCACGCUGCCCUUUAGAUGAUAUCAGCUUGGUUAGUUUGCUUUGCAACAAAAUAAACUUAAUUGUAAGUGUCAUGGUUAGCAGAGAAAAGCAUGCUGGAUUCAAGCCAUAUCUUAAUGGCAUAUAUUAACAACUUUUAAGGGUUUGGGAUUUUGUCUUAUGUGCUGGUGUCGCCUGACUUCACACCAUUUCUCAUUCCUUUUAUGUUCUGACCUGCAUAUUCGUCCAUCUCUUAGUACUUUCUCUCAUGCCAAUUGAUUGUGUGCCUUAUGUCAUGUUAUUUUUCAGGUUGCGCGAUUAUAGAACGCCUUGCAGCAACAGUUUCAUCACAAAAUAUCUUAGACCAGAUUUGUUAGCAUGACCAAGAUCGUGUUUGGUUUUUUUGUGUGCUUUCUGGGUUGUUUGGUUUGAUUUCUUUUGAUAUUUUUGUAUAGGCUAUGUCUUUGUUCAACUAUUUUUCGGGAUUUUGUUAGCUCAAUAAUCUAAUUGACUUCUUCGUUCCUCUAUGUUCGGGUUUCCACCAAUUUGGGUUGUAUUAAGUUUUGAUCUCCUUUUCUCUCUCAAUUGGUAUUAGUCUAUUCACAAUUUAGAUUAUAGCAUUGCAGUAACUGGCCGCCCUCAUUAGAAAAUAAUUGUGUACGAUACACAAUUGCCUUCAGCAUUCAAAAGUUGUUAAUGUAGGCAUAAUCUCUUUUGUAAUUUUGCUAAUGUUAUCGUUCACAACAUUGAUUGACAGAUUACCGAUUAAAUAAUUAUCCCAAUAAUUUUGAGUCCCGCCGCGCAGCGCGGGCAUUCCGUCCUAGUAAAGUUGAAAGGCCAUA